AAUACGUCACCGUAACUUACUACACUUUUGACUUGUUACGUGCUGUUGGGUCAUAGUUACAAGUACACCGUUUAUGCCUCCUUUUGAAGUUAAUAGUAUCUCUUUCCUUCAUAUUCUAUCUGAUGAAAUGCGCUUCUAGCGCGCACAAAGUGGCAUGCUGGCAUUGGGGUAUUACUGCUGAGUUGUUGGCAACUAUAAUAACAGUCAGUUGUCUCCGCCCAUCCUCGUAACCGGAAAGGGAAAGGUUUAAACCAGGAUACAUACAUGACAGCCAUGGCAGUUAAACAGUGUACCCCAUCCCUCAUAUUUGCUAACCCCACGACGGAAGCAACAUCUGUGCUAUUCAUUAAAAAGCUUACGGGCGUUAUCAUGAGCACCAUAGCGUACAAUCGCAAUCUGUUCGAAGAAAGUGAUUUUUCUGAAAGAUCAUUUGAGGGAAUAACCGUUAAAAUCGUCGAGGGACAGGCAAGUCCAGGUGCUCUUGCUUUGUCCAAAUGGCUGAAAGGCGCUUUCGAUGCUUUCGAUCAAAAAUAUCUAGAAUCAAUAACCUUAGAAAUUAAUGACGGCAUGGAGCAGCCAAUUGAAUCAUAUACUCUUGGGUAUUCAUAUUUCAAUAAUGAAGUUCAGUGCCACUUUUCUGGAUCAGGUGACAAUGGCGAAAUAUUACAGGAUAAUGACUUCUUGAAGAAGAAAGACAUUAGAAGUGUCAUCAGAAAUGUAUUGACUCUUACUCAAACCAACAGUCCUCUUCCACAGGAUGCGUGUACCUCAGUAAAAAUUUCUUACAGGCAAAAUACCCCUGUAGAUUAUGAACCUCCUGGAUUUCAGCCAUACACUCAAUGUAGUUCAGUGAAAGUUGGGAAGAUGAGUAAAUAUAACUGUGGUACAGUAACAACUCAUUUCCACUCAUUUAACUUGAAAGGAAAGUUGUACGAAAGGUCACGGGAAAUGAUAUCAUGUUUGUGUGGAAAAGACAAUUACAAUGCCACCCUCCUCAAAUGUAAGGUGUGUGGCUGUCUUCAACAUUCAGCUUGUUUUAAAAUCUUCCCAACAGAAAAAGAUAUGUCUCAGAGAGAUCACACCUGCUUGAAAUGUUCAAGCAGUGAAGUGACCCAUGAGUAUUCACCUGAAGAGUGUAUCUUUCGUUGCGCAAUUGUUCUUUGUUCAAUUUCUAAGUCUUUAUCUGUGAGUAAAGUGAAGGAAAAUCUUAUGCUGGAUGAAAAUACAGCCCUAGUUAAUGUCAGACGUCUGUUGCGUGAAGAAGCAUUAUGCAAGGGAACACAACCCCCUACACUUGAAAAGCUUGAUUUUCCAUACAAUGUCAACAAAAUAAAGGUAAUGAAGAAGUUGAAAAGGGAGUAUUUUGAUUGCAGCUGAAGUAUUUUGGAAGUAUUUCCAAUUAUUGAGAUUAUUUUGCCAAAUCUAAAAUCUGUGUGAAGCAUUUGUUUUUUGUUUGAUUGAUUGGUUUUAUUUAAAUUAACAAUUUCUAUUGCUCCUG